AUGUUCGAUACCGAUCAAUCGGGCAAAAUUUCAAGGAGCAAACUUAUGAAUGUGUUCAAAGCACUCGGCUUGGAACUCAACGAACGGAAGAUGGAGGUGUACAUGGGUGUAUUGGACCCUCAAAAAACCGGUGAAAUUGACUUUGCUGGGUUUCGCCGCUUUAUGGAACAUGACCUCAUAAUGAAUAACGAUGAUGAAAAUCGAUUGAAAUUAGUUGAAAAAAUUUUUAAUCGUUUUUUAAUUCAAACUCAAUCAGAUAGUCCUCAAUUAUCUCGUGAUUAUUUUGAACGAUUUACUCAAUUAUUAAAUGAAAUUUUUCAAAAAUAUUCACAAUUAAAAUCAUCUAUUGAAAUAAUUAUUUCAUCAAUUAUUUAUCCUUAUCAUUCAACAAAUAUUAUUACAUUUGAAUAUCAACUUCGUUUAAUACGUUAUUCGUUACGUCAAAAUUUACAAAUUUUUGAAUUAAAUAAAAAUAAUUAUCUUAAUCAACUUUUUCAUCAUAAACUUUUAAUUUCAUCAAGUAUUAUUCGUCAUUUAUCAUUACAAAUAGCUAUUCUAAUUUAUGAACAUAAUUUUUAUCAAUUAUUUGAUGAUAAUUUCUUUUCACAUAUUAUUAAAAUUUUUUCUUCAGAUCAAAAUCUUUAUGUAUGUAAUACUCUUGCACAAUUUUUAGCAUUAUAUAUUUCUAAACAUAAUCAAUAUGAAUUAUUGAAUCAAAUUCAAAAACAAUCUCAAAAUUCAGAUCUUAUUUAUAAUAUUUUAAUAUUAUUUGAUCAAGAUAAACAACAAUUAUUAAUUAAACAAUUGAAUAUCUAUGAAAAUCUAUCAGAUAGUCCGACAAUACGUGCAUUUGUAUUAAAAACAGUUCGAUAUAUAAUUGAUGAAGAUCAUAUUAUAUCUUAUUUAAAUCAUAUUCUAGAAAAAUCUUUAUCCGAUUAUGUUUAUAUGCUUUUAACAAUAAUUUCAUCACGUUAUGAAUAUCAUCAAUCGAUUAAUAAAUUAAGUGCUUGUCUCAAAGGUCUAUUUCUUUAUAUGAAAGAAACAGAUAUUGAAGAAAUUGAUGAAAGUGAACAAAACAUUUUAGUUAAUGGAAAAGAUGAAUCUAAUGAAUUAACAGAAUCUAUAUGUUGUGAAUUAUAUGAAAGAAAUAUUCAAUCAAUAGAUCUUGCAUCAAUUGUUCUUGAUACAAUUCAACCAUUUAUAAUUAAUUCAAAUUCAUUUAUUUAUAAAUUUGAUUUUUAUUCAUCGACAAUUCUUAUGAUGUUAAUUAAAGAAAAUAAUGAUCAUGAUAAAAUUUUAGCACAACUUAUAAAUUGUUUUGAAAAAUUACAAGAAUUUAAUUUAUUAAUAAAUAUUGAUUAUAAUCUACAUGAUAUUAUUAUUAAUCAUGUUAAAAAUAAAAAAAGAAUAACAAUUGUUUAUAAAUCAUUAUUUAAUUUAAUAAUUAAUACAAUUAAUAGAAAAAUUUAUCUUGAAUCAAUUUAUUCUAUUUUAGAAAUAAUUCUUUUUCAAAAUAAUGAUAAAUUAUUACAAUGGGAUAAUCAAGAUUGUGUUUUUCAUUUUUUAAUUGAAUUAAUAAAAAAAAAUUUUCAUUCUAAUCAAUAUCCUUCAUGGUUUACAAAUAAAUUUCUUCAAUCUAUUAUUGAAAAAUUUGUUCAUAAUAAUAAUAAUGAAUAUAUUCAAGCAAGUCUUAUUGAUUUUCUUGCUACACUUAUUCAAUACGAUUUAAUUUCACCAUUAGAUAAUUAUCUUACAACAAAUUUUAUUCAACUUACACAUUAUUCUCUUGGUGAUGUUGUUCGUUGUUCACUUGCACAUGCAUGGUUUAUUAUUUUAACUAAAGCAACAGAUAAGAAUAUUAAUAAAAUAAAAGAAAUUAAUUAUUAUUUUUCAUUUGAAUUAAAUAUAAAUUUUAAUUCAUUAUUAACAAUUAUUAUUAAUCAAAUACCUUUAUUAAUUGGAGAUGGUGGUCAUGAAACUGAAAUUCAAUGUCUUCAUUUAAUUGAAUUUAUUGGUAAUAAAAAUAAUGAAUUAGAAAAUAUACUUGAAUUUCUUAUUAAUGAUGGUUGUUCAAAUGAAAUUAAAGAAAAAGCACGUCAAUUAUUAUCUAUACCAAAUAAUGAUAUUAUUGAAAAGAAAUCUAAUGAAAUAUUAGAAGAUGAACUUUCUUCAGUUCUUCAUUGGUUAGAACAUCCCGAUGAACAUAUGAUAUUAGAUUGUGAUUAA